UUUUUCAGCACGAAUGAUGGCUGUGGUCGUGAGCAGCGCGGGUGAAUGCGGCCGCAAGCCAGCCAGCUCUGACACGCUGCGGCCGCUGGGGAUGCGCCGACCCCGCCGCCGCAGCACCCGGCAGUCAGCCACGGGCACAGCCAACAGCAAACACGGAGGAGAGGCGUCGGGAGCACAGCAGGCGCACAGCGACCAGGGCGACGACGAAAACAACAGCCAAGCAAAAAAUGGCGCGAAAACUGCGCCGCAGCCAUCUCGGCGGACUGCUCUGCUGUUCCGCGCCGCGCAGUGCCUCGACCGGAUGCAGCAGCAAGACGAAGUGGGUUCAGCGCACGUAGCAGCAAACGGACACGCGGCUCGACACUCAAGCGAUCAAGCUCAACCUGUCAAUGUGGCGGGCAAGUUGCAGGUCGACCCGACCCCUGUCGUCGUCGUCGCGCCCUCGCCCGGCCAGCAGAACCUGGCUACAGACAUGCAUGCAUCGGUGAUGGUCCUCGUUGGCCCCUCUGUGGACGAAGAGGCGCCGUGUGCACUGCCAGCCAACAACAACCCAUGCCCUGCUGCGACCGCCCAGCACACCUACACCCGAGCAGUCGAGUUUGCCAUCCCUUCCGUGCCAUAUGGACACUACAGCUCACCGCCUCCGUCUUCGAGGCGUGCAGCGGCUCUCAUGGUGCAGGACGGCGACAAAUCACCCUCGUCGCUCUUUUCACCGCGCGCCAACGCUCCUCCACCCAAGCGAGGGCAAGCUCAGCAAGCAAAGUUGAACCAACAUGAACAGCUCGAUCCGUCACACCAAUCGCGAGACAAUCCAUCGGAUUUUCAUGCACACCCGAUCUCAUCCACUUUUCUCGAGCAAUCGCCAAUCGAGCCCAGCCGCGCAAAUGCCGGUGCUGGUGGCCAUGCUGGCGGUAUCUCGUCGACUGUCGUUGAUCUUGUGACGCCAUUGGCUGUGCGCGAUCUCAUUGAUCGAGCCAACAUGGACGGAGGGCAGUAUCGGCUCAACCCGACAUUUUCAGCCUCGCCAAUCAUCACUCCUCAAGUACUGCGCAUGGAUGUUCUGCGUGCUCCAGUCAGUGUGAGCAGAGCAUCGCCGCUUGAUGCUACUGUGCUCCUUUCCGGUUCCUAUCAACCGACCCAGUCGUUGCUCGAAUCGACCGCUCCCGUCACUCCGUCUGCCUCUUACGCGGGCACUCCGUCCAGACUGCUUGCUCGGGAGCUCUUUCCCGAGAAGCCUCCCAUCGCUACUGUACCCAUGUCCACGUCGCCAGUCUCCUCUCCGCGCAGCAGCUUCAGCGUGACGAGCGAAUUUACAGUCAUGAAUCUCCCAACGGCGCAGCAGCUUGAAGACGUUCGCCAAUUGACACCAGGCAAGUUUGCGUGGAGAGCCGAGUUCCAGUCUCCCGGCCCGACCAUCCCAAUGCCUGCAGUAUCCAUGCCACCUCUUCUCUUUCCUGCUCCCGCUGCCAGUCCCGACGCAUCAUCACGAUCUGCUGCCGCUGCUGCUGCUGCUGCUGGGCUGCCAAGGAGCUUUUCGCAAGAAAUUGCCACCGCAACCAGAGUUCUGCACUUUGAAGAGCCAGCUCCAGCCGAGCCGGGACUUGAGCUGAACCUGAACGAGGCAGAAUCGGAAGCAGCUCCCAAUUCCACCUUUUCCGACCCUGAACGGCGUCCCGUCGAACCGAUGCCGCCGUUUGGGGGGUUUUCUACUGCGGCAGGCAAGCAGGUGCACAUCAAUCCCGAGGCCUUGGCGCGAGCUCGUGCCUUGUUUGCCGAUUCGUCCGAGGAUGCAACAGGCCGUCCUCUUGCCGACAGCUCGGCGGCGACUUCAGGGCAUGUUCCCAAGUUUACCGGAUUUACCACAGCGUCAAACAAGCCUGUGCACAUUGAUCCACAGGCUUUGGCACGCGCGAGGGCAAUGAUGGGCGACGCUGACGAUGCAGAAGAAGACGAGCACGAGGAUGCACCUGCGCCUGCAAAGUUCGCUGGCUUUACCACCGCAUCGAACAAACCUGUGCACAUCGAUCCACAAGCUUUGGCACGCGCGCGAGCGAUGAUGGGCGACGCUGACGAGGCAGAAGAAGACGAGCAUGACGAAGCACCACAACCAUCUGCUCCAGUCAAGUUCGCUGGCUUCACCACCGCAUCAAACAAGCCAGUUCAUAUUGAUUCAGAAGCCCUGGCCCAAGCUCGUGCAAUGUUUGCAGAGCAGGAUGCAGUGCAGACAAAUCCAAUGUCGCCCGCAAGUUUCGAAGGAUUCUCGACAGCUUCCAACCGACCAAUGCCGGUGGCGCCCGAAGCGUUGGAGCGGGCUCGAGCCAAACUGUCCAGCUCCGAUACUCGUCCUGCAUCUCCAAAGCUUGCAGAUCUGCCGCCUCCUCCUCCUGCAUCCCGAGGUCUUCCGCCAAACACUUCGGGGUUUAAAACUCCCAUUCUAAACCGAACACUGAUGACAGCGAUGCAUCAACAGCAACUGCCCACAGCACCGGCCACGCCAGUGACUGGUGGCAGAACGCUGCCACCGACUCCUUCGAGCCAUCGCGGUGGACCAGCCUCCUCGCCGUUGCUGGCCUCCGGCUCGCGCCCUUUUCGUCCGCCUGCACGCACAUCCGCGAGUUCUACCCCGGAACUUUCGCGGGCUCAGUCGCCGACGGUCGUGCCGCUGUCGAUGCACACGCGUCUGGCAAACAAGCGAGUGGCUGGCGCGAUGGAGGGUGUGGAGACCUCGGCUGCGUUCAAAAAGCAUUGCUUUGUUGCUCCCCUCCUCGAUCCAUCCGCGCAAUCACGCAUUGCUACCGCGAGUACCAGCCAUCACGACAAGACUAACCGAGCGAGCUCCUUACCGAGCGCCUCGUCGUUCGCGUUAAAAUCGGCCGUCUUCCAUCCAGCAUUGCCUGCUGGUCAAAAGCCAACGCCCCUCCGUGCCUGGAUGCUGGACCCGACGCCAAUUCCUCCAACCAAGGCCAUUACUGCGGCCAACGCAAGCACAUUCCGCUUUUCUGCCCCCGAGCAUAUGGACCUUGCCGACGUUGCCGGUGGAUUUCUGCCGCUCACCGUUUCCGCGUACAGCGGUGAAAGCGGCGCCACCCACAAUGUCAGUCUGCAGCUUGGCACGGAUGGUUGCGCUGGAGCAGCCGAAUUUGAGCUUGCCCUGCGUCAGGUGCCUGGCGUAAAGCUGAGUCUGAUCGCUGGUGAGUGGGUUGCCAACCAUUUCCGCUGGAUUGUCUGGAAGCUCGCGAGCCAGGACACCCGUCUGCACCACGUCUCGCGCCAGAGAUGCCUGACGCCACAGCGGGUCAUGACGCAGCUGAGAGCACGGUACGAGUACGAGGUCAAUCACGCUCGUCGUUCUGCGUUGCGUCGAAUUCACGAGCGAGAUGAUGUGCCGACCAAAUUCAUGGUGCUCUGCGUUGCGGAGAUUCUUUCCGGACCUGGAGGCGCACCCCAACCCAAUCAGAGUCAGCGUUCGGAAACUGCCAGCCCAGCUGCUGCGGCUCCCACUGCGAACGGCAACCCUCACAAGUCUUCUUCGGCUGCUUUGGGCUGCUCAGCCAAGGUGCUACUGACAGACUCGUGGUAUAGCAUUGAGGCACAGCUCGAUCGGGAUCUUGCUGCUUUGGUGCAGCGCGGCAAAAUUGCUGUUGGCACCAAGUUGGCUAUUGCGAGCGCCGAGCUUGUGGGUCCCGGAGAUGGUGCUGGCCCGCUGGAACCAGGCGCCGCAAAGACGAGCUUGCGCCUGACGGCAAACGCGACGCGGCGCGCUCGUUGGUGGGCAUCCCUUGGCUACCAAGGCCGACCACCGUUCUUUACCGCCCUGAGCACCGCAUCUCCGACUGGUGGUGCGAUUGCUGCCGUCGAUGUUGUGGUUUUGCGCCAGUACCCGGCUGUCUUUAUCGAAACUGUAGACGGGCGCAAGGUCAUUCGAAGUCGACGAGCGGAAGAACGGGCGCUGACGCUGUUUGAAGAGCGGCUGUCGCGCCAAGUCGAGCAGCUGCAAGAAAAACGGCUGGCAUCGCAUGAGCUUUUGGCCUCGAACAAGGAACAGCACGAUGAUGAAGCUGACAAGGAUGAAGAGGAAGAUCUUCAGCACGGGAUGGGCGAAUUCGGCACCGGACUGGACGCCAACGGCAUCCUCGCCAAACGCGACGUCACUUCGCUCAUGAAGGUCCGCGUGAUGGACACGCAACGAGCGCGCGCCUUGCUGGCUGCUGGCGAAUCUGAGAGUGCAAUGUUUGCCCUCUCCACGGUGAUUUCCGUGUGGAGACCAAGCGAAGACUUGGAGCAUUUGUUGCGUGAAGGCGCGCACGUUGCAUUCUACUCGCUCCUCCCGUCGUCCUACCGCGGUGCAUCCAGCUCCAACGGGCUUGCCAGCGCCGCGCUUCAAGUCGGCACCAUUCGAUCCACACGCUAUGCCGAGCUCCCAGCGGUGCCAGAGUGCGCAACCAUGCUGCCAAGGCAGUUUUGCGAUUGCUCGAGCAUCGAGGCUCUUGCGCUUGGCUCUGAGGUCGACACGGUUGGCGUCGUUGUUGGCCGGACAGUGAUUCCCGAUCGCUUGUUUUUGGCCGACGCAUCGGAGCACAUGCGCCUGUUUGUGGUCCAGACCUCUGGUGGCCUUGACAGGCUGGGUGUGGGCGACAAGCUGACUCGUGGCACCACCGUGGCCAUCUCAAACGCACUGGUUCAGCGAUUUGUUCGCGUUUCAGGGUCGAGCCAUGCAGUUCCCGUGCUCGAAGUGUCCGAUCUGUCAGUGUUUUCGACCAAACCCGGUGGCGCGCUUGCCGUCACCACCCUCGGGGCGCUCCAAGCGCGUAUUGCAGCGAUCCCGGACCCGGUCAGCUUCAACGCGCUCAUGGACAUGGAGGUCGAGAGAAUCGUUGCGCACGAGGAGGAGCAAGAGUCCAUUCGGCGCCAGCUCCGCGAGACCACCAAUUCGGCGUCUGCAUCGGCAAUGCGAAUGGACGUGGUUCCUGCCGAUGUCCACGUCUCGAAACGGAUGUACGAUCCCUCCUCCUCCUCCUCCUCCUCCUCCUCCUUUUUGCUUCAUGCGGCUCCAGACGCGGAGGACGAGCGCAUCACGAGCUUGUACCACAUGCCAGCACCCAACAAUGCAUUUCGAGCUCCUGGCCAAGGGCGGUCGACGACGACGCCCACGCAUCCGAGUGCUUCUGGGGGCUUGGUUGGUCGGACACGCGCGGGCGGUUCCACUUCCUCGGUUCCUCGACACACGGCCAACAUUUUGCCUCGCACGCAGUUUGGCUUGUCUGGAUCAAAGUAGUGCGGUCGGCGGGCAUUGCACAAGAGUUGUUCAGAUGCAAUAGAAUGCCUGUUACGACAAUAUUCGAGACGUUUC